AUGCAUAGUCACACAUCAAAUAACUUAUUAUCAACGAAUGACAUUAGUUUAUCAUUUGCUGGUUGUGGAUUUUUGUGUAUUUAUCAUGCUGGAGUAUGUGCUGCUAUUAAAGAAUAUGCUCCACAGUUAGCUAGAAAUAAAAUAUGUGGUGCUUCAGCCGGUUCAAUUGCGGCAACAUUUUUACUUUGUGAUAUAUGUAUAUCAAAAGCAACAAGUAAUAUUCUUCAAGUUGUUACACAAGCACGUUCUCGAGCACUUGGAGCAUUACAUCCAUCAUUUAAUCUUUUACAACUUGUUAGAGAUGGUUUAGAAUUAGCACUUCCUGAUAAUGCACAUGAACUUUGUUCUGGUAAAUUAUAUAUAUCAUUAACAAGAGUUAAAGAUCAUCAAAAUGUUAUUGUUUCACAAUAUGAUACAAGAGAAGAACUUAUACAGGCUAUUAUAUGUAGUUGUUUUAUACCAUUUUAUUGUGGAAGAGUACCACCAAAAUUUAGAGGUGAACAAUAUGUUGACGGUGGAAUCUCUUUAAAUCAACCAAUUAUAGAUGAUAAUAGUAUAACAAUUUCUCCUUUCAGUGGAGAAAGUGAUAUUUGUCCUAUGGAUGAAGAUAGUCAAAGUUUUUUUAGUUUUGAUUUUACGGGAACUAAUAUUAGAUUUACAACAAAAAAUUUAUAUAGAAUAACUGUUUGUUUGAUACCACCUAAUACUGAAAUAUGUUCAAGAAUAUGUAGACAAGGUUUUGAAGAUGCAUUACGUUAUUUAAGUAGGAAUGGUUUUGCACCAUGUUCAAGAUGUCUAUCAAUACGAUCAAAUGCAAUAUUAAUGGAAACACAGGAAGAAAAUGAAAAGGAAAUAACAUUUAGUAAAACAAAAACAUCAAUACAAAAUAAUAUACAAAGUAGAAAAAGAAAUAUUUCAGUAAGAUCAUCAAGUGCUAGACUUCGUAUUGAAAGUGAAUGUGGUGAAUGUAACGAUAAAGUUGAUAAUACAACUGUUUAUCUACCGGAAGAUAAAGAAUCACAAUUAAUGGAAUAUUUAACAUCAUUUAGAGUUGUUAAAUUAAUAACAUACUUUGUUAAACCAUCAAUAAAACCUUUUGAACAAUUAAUAACAAUUAUCAUAAAUGUACGUAAAUGGAUAUCAGAUUAUAAUCUUAGUGAUUAUUUCACAGCAAGAUUUUCGCAAAUUUUUGAUUUUCUUUGGAAUGAAAUAUAUAAACAAAAAGCAAAUUAUACGGAUAAAAUGUCAUAUCAAGUUGUUUUAACAGGUUUUGAUUCAAAAAGACAUUAUGUUUAUGUUAAAGAAAAAGAAAAACAAGUAUCAUUAAGUCCAGAAGCAAUAAUGGAAUUAAAAUUAUUACGUCAAUGUGAUUUAAUGAAAAGAAAAGUUUUAAGAAAAGUUUCAUUACCAAAUGAAAAUAAUGAUGUUCUUAAGAUUCUUGAUGAUAAUGUUAUGUCAUUUGAUGCAGAUGUUGAUUCUUUAUCAAGUUUAGUUAAAUUUACCAAUGAACGAGAAGCUAUAUUAACAUAUCAUUAUAAAGAUGAAGAAGAUAAUAUUAAAGUAUGUGAAAUAUUUGAUAUUGAUCAUUCAAAACAACAUUUUUGUAAAAAUCAUCCUUCACGUAAUAUAAAAGGUUUUGUAUCUGGAUGUAAUAUAUCAAAUAAUGUAAGAAAUAAAAUUUUACCAAAUAUAAGAGAAGAAAAUCGAAGUCAAUGUGAUAAAGAAAGUCAAAAUAAUUUACUUUUAAAAGAUGAUAUUGAUGAUUAUUAUAUGGAUGUUGAUUCAUCUGACUCAGGACAUUCAGUUUCAGAAGAUAUAACAUCAUCUAAUAUUACAACUUUUAUGUUAGAUUCAGAUACAGAAGCACCAAUUGAAAAAAGAAUACGGAAAUUAGGACAUUCAUUAAAUAGUAAAUCAGUUGAACAAACUUUAAAUACUAGUUUAAAUAGUUUGUCAUCAGAUUCAGAAACAGACAACAACGAUCUCCUUUUUCACCCAACAAAAAAUACUCAAAGAUAUUGCUCGAAUUAUAAUGUUGAACAAAAACAAUCAGACGGUUUUUAA